UAUAUUUUUUAUCUGGUGACAGUUAACAAUUCUCACAACACUCAAAAUGUAUUGUUUAUAUGUACUUCAAAAUUCAAGCAUGACUUAUAACAAACAAGUCAUUACAUGUAAUUUUCUUUCGGCUUUGUAACUUCAUUUAUACUUAUUUAAAAGUAUUUUUAAUGGAGUUACGGUCGAAACUUAUCAGUGGAACCUCUGUAUUGUGUGUUUGAGCAGAGGCAAAAUAUAGUAAUUUUUACAAAGUUAAGGUUAAACUACGCAGUAGCAACAAUAAGCAAAAAAAUAAUUUUAAGCUUUUGAUAUGGCUACUGAAUCAACAUUAAAGAACGUCGACAGUGCAUGUGAAACGGCAGAAGAAUUUACGAGGUUAUUUUACAAACACCUUGAUAAUAGCAGACACCUCACUUCAAAGCUUUAUCUUGAUGCUAGUUUACUAGUUUGGAAUGGUAAUGGAAUAAAUGGCAAUGCUAAGAUACAAAAGUUUUUACUUGAUUUACCACCCAGUAACCAUUACGUGAAGACGAUUGAUGCUCAACCUAUUUCAGAAAACUUAAUGUCUAAUAAUCUAUCAUACCUUAUUCAAGCUUGUGGUGAUGUUACAUAUCAAAAUGAAGAAGUAAGAAAACCCUUUCAACAAACAUUUGUUAUUGUUGCAGUAGAGGGGAAGUGGAAAAUUGCUACAGAUUGUUAUAGAUUACAAGUCCCCUACAGUACUUAGUGAGUCAUUUAAUAAAUAAAACAGACAACAAAAAAA